AUGCAUGCAGACCAAGAGAUCAGACAUUUUAUGGAUAAAGCCAGACUUGGAAACGGGGCUCCUGAAGAAGUGACUCGUGAGUCGCUUAUCGCCAUUUCUUACCCUGAACCAGAGAAGGUUAUCACUUCAAAUCUCUCAUCUGGAAAUCUGAAUGGUGGAAAGCUGAAUGGUGAAGCUCUGGUUAAAACGAUAGUUUCUGAUGGAGAAGAUAAGUUCAGGUCUGAGCUGAUCUCUAUUUCCUACCAGUCACCCGAAGUUGGAUCCUUACCUGUUAACUAA